UCUUUAUCGAAGUAAAAUAUUUACGUCAAGAAUGAUCGAAUUUCCAGAGAUCUUUUGCGUGCGAUCAGUGUAGUUGUAGCUGUGUAGCACCUGUCAAGUGAAGGCGUUCAGUUGACAUGUGUAUUCUGUUGUUGCGAACGUGUAGCAAAUGUAUAACUUUACCGAUCCGUCACUGUUACCAGAUGUUUCCUGCAAUGCAAUAUGCAGUGAAGGUUAUGAAGUAACUAAUUUAACAUCAUCAGAUGCUCAGGAAAUGCGAAGAGGCUUUAUGGUUUAUAAUGCUGUAAAACCGCCGGUUGAAAUAACUUUGCAAUUUAUAUGCAAAAUUAAUUUGAGUCAUAUUUGUAUCUGGCCGACAGUCGGCAAUCAAAAGUCGUGUGGGUUUGAAAUAGAGAUAAAAGACAGCUAUGGAAAAGGAGUCGAUGAAUUUGUUACAACAGGAAAGCGCAGCUUCGGAGUAGAACCUGGCAUUGUGUUUUUUAGAAGGGACUGUCGUGAUAAUGAAUUAUCGGUUCCUGCGCAGUUUGUUAAACAUCCUUUGAUAAACAAACAGAACGCACUUUCCAAUUCAGACUGCUUGAAAAUCAAGAUCUAUAAAACGUAUAACUCAAGUCUUGCAGCAUUGGGACGCAUUGAAGUGUGGGGAACGGUCAGCAGUUCGUGUAGUCAGUCAACAAAAGAAACAGUCAGGAAAUUAUAUAGCAAACGGACAGACAGGAAACUUACUGAAAUUUCAGGAAGUUGUGUGAAUGUGUGCAAAAUACAAAGUGAAAAACAUCACGCAGUCCCUGCAGACGCAAGUGGAUUAAUCAUACCAGACGAUUUUAAGGACGCAAUUACGUUAGAUAUAAUGAGUGUUCCAAUGAUUUUACCAAGCGGAAAAGUUGUGGAUCAAAGCACACUAGAAAAGCAUGAAAUGCAUGAAGCCAGAUGGGGCCGCCCACCAAGUGACCCUUUCACUGGUAAACUGUUUUCAAAUAACAGUCAUCCAGUUUUAGCUCCAGCAUUAAAAGCAAGAAUUGACAAAUUUCUUAUAGAUAAUGCACAUUGCCAGGAACUAUUUACAGUAGCUCGUACCAGUGGAAGACGGGAGACACACAGUUUAAGUCAAAGUGCAUGUGCAGUUACUAAUAAGGACACUGUUGCAGUUCCAGCAAUCAACACUACUGCUGUUUAUUUACCAACCAGUUCUAAUGAUGCCACCUUUAAGGUCUGUUCUGAAAAAUCUGAUAGCAGCAAACAUGAUAAAACUGAUAGGCCUACCAACAACAGAUCUAUCACCAUUUGCAGUGAAAAUUUUUUAAAAACACAAAAAAAUAAUGAGGAGGGACAGAAGGAGGGGGAAGGAAAAAGAAGUGUGUCAUUUGAUGAGAUUUUGGAAUCAAAAUUAAAUGUAGCUGUGAAGUUAGCAUUAGCGAAUCGUCCAUCAUUUGUAAAUUGUGAUAAGCCUGCGAAACAUACAAAAACUGCAUGCAGUGAUUGUGAUGGAAACCAGCUUCUAUACAUUUUGUCUUGUAAGCAUUUGUUUUGCAGGCACUGUCUUUUUAAAAAAGCAGCACAAAAAACUAUGAUAUGUUCUGUUUGCAAAUUUCAUUAUACACAUACUGAUCCAUGCAGAUAUCAUGUAACAUGAACUGUUUAUUUUGUUAUUAAAUUUGUAUUCAUGAA